UGCGUCCUCUUUAUAAGGAAGCACUCCUACUGUUUUGUUGAGCCCAAGAUUCCAAGAGUAACAAAGAGAGGGAGGGGGGCUCUCAAGAUGGGGAGGAGCACAAACUCUUUAACAGUGUGUUUUUGCUUGCUGCUAGUCUUGUUCCUCCACAGGAGGGCAAUGUGUGUUGUCAUCACCGUGGGAGACUCGCUCGGCUGGACAAAUUUCGAUCUCUCCACGCAGAGGGUUCCAGAUUAUGCUGCCUGGGCCGCCUCUCAGCCAGUCGCAUCGGGAGAUUCCGUCGUGUUUCGAUACGCUCCAGGCUUUCACAAUGUGGCAAUGCUUCCGUCCAAGGCCGACUUCGACAAUUGCAACUUUGCGAAGGCAACCAUGCUCGACACUGGAUCGUCUGGCAACUUCACGUGGAUAGCUCCCGAGAAGGCUGGCGCGUACUACUUUGCGUGUGGAUUCUCAGUGGAGGGCCAGGGAACGCACUGCGAUGGCGGACAGAAAGUUACCAUCAGUGUUGGCGUCUUGGCUGCUGCUCCUCCCCUGGCACUAUCUCCAACUCCGGCCGGAUUAGUCCUGGCCCCAGGGCUUCCUCCAUCGUCACCAUCGUCAUCGCCAUCGCCAGGAGGAGGACCAACAAGCCCUGCGGCUUCUCCAGGGAUGGGACUGGUCCCAGCGAUAGCUCCAGCGACGAGCGACUCACCCAGCUCCUCCAUGGCGCCCAGUGGUAGCUCCGGAGCCUCGGCAGCGGUCCCUAUAGAAGGGUCAGAGCAAGACAACACCUCGGGUGGCGAUAGUCUCGCAACUUGGUGGAGGUUGAUCGUCGUGUCCACUGUGGUGGCGCUGAGACUUUUGUGAGCGAGCGAAUUGACUUGAAUAUAGAAUGGAGAGCAUACCGAUGAAAGACUUUGAGUCUUUGUAGAUCUAGACUCGUUCUCUAGAGAUCAGGAGGGAGGAGGUCUUUCUGUCCAGGAGAAAUCGUAAAUGCUUGUUGAUUUUUUUCUCC